AUGACACAGGACAAGAAAGACACGGUGCACAUGCAAUGUUACUCUGCCAGGCAACAGGCCUUAAGUGAAGCUGACCUGGACAGAAUAGCUCCAAGGACCAGUAUUGUAAGACCAUCCCUCUGGAGGAGGUUCAAGAACAGGACACGAUGUUCUCGGGCCACGGCCAAUUUCUUACUGCUCAAGUAUGUCCCUGUCUUGAAGUGGCUUCCACGGUAUCCAGCCAGGGAUUGGCUAUUGGGGGACCUAAUUGCUGGUUUAAGCGUUGGUAUAAUCCAGUUACCACAAGGCUUGGCAUACUCACUUCUGGCAGGCCUUCCCCCUGUCUUUGGCCUCUAUACGUCCUUCUAUCCAGUGUUUAUAUACUUCCUUCUUGGCACCUCGAAACAUAUAUCUGUAGGUACAUUUGCUGUAGUGUGUGUCAUGAUCGCCAGUGUGACAGAAUCCUUAGCACCAAAUGAAAACUUCUUGCUUGGAGACAAUUCUUCUUCUAUAGACACAGUUGCCAGAGACCUUAUGAGGGUAGAGCUCUCUAUGGCUCUGGCUUUCCUUGUAGGAAUAUUUCAAAUAGCUCUAGGUCUCAUUCAGUUUGGAUUUGUGGUCAACUAUCUAUCAGACCCACUAAUAAGCGGCUACACCACAGCAUCUGCUGUCCACGUGCUGACAUCCCAACUGAAGUACCUCUUUGGCCUUAAAAUAAGCCAGAAGACCCAGCCAUUAUCAUUAAUAUAUACAAUCAUUAAGAUCUUCUCGAGAAUUACAGAAACAAACAUUGGCACGUUGGUCACCAGCAUCAUUGCUAUCGUUGUUCUGGUGCUGAUGAAAUUUCUGAAUGAGAAGCUUGCUUCCAAACUAGUGAUUCCAAUCCCUAUUGAACUGAUCAUGCUCAUUGUCUCCACUGGCAUAUCAUAUGGUGUUGGAUUAGAUGACAAAUUUGGGAUUGAGAAUGUUGGGUACAUCCCUGUUGGUUUGAAGGCCCCAAUGUUACCUGACUUCAGCCUGUUUACAGAUAUAAUUGGAAACGCCUUUGCCAUUGCUGUGGUAGGCUAUGCCAUAACCAUUUCUUUGGGGCAAGUGUUUGCCUCUAAGCAUGGUUACAAAGUGGACAGCAACCAGGAGCUUAUUGCUAUUGGUUUCAGUAACUUCGUUGGCAGCUUUUUCCAGUGUUUUGCCAUUAGCGCCUCUGUGUCCAGGUCUCUGGUUCAAGAAAGUACUGGAGGAAACACCCAGGUGGCCAGUGCAACAGCAUCUUUUGUCAUCUUCAUCAUUAUACUGAAAGCUGGGGAGCUUUUCCAAGACUUACCAAAGUCCAUUCUGGCUUCAAUCAUUAUAGUCAAUUUGAAGGGGAUGUUUAAACAGUUCUCAGAAGUUAAAGUCUUAUGGAAAAACAACAGAAUUGAUAUGCUUACAUGGUUGGUGACAUUUGUUGCCACAAUUCUGUUUAAUAUGGACAUUGGCCUGGCCGUCGCUGUCGCAUUUUCAUUGCUGACCAUUAUUUUCAGGACACAGUUAUCCAAUUACUCCAUCCUAGGUCAAGUAUAUGAAACAAGUAUUUAUAGAGACGUGUCAAGGUGUCAUCAGGCUAAAGAGAUACCAAGGAUAAAAAUCUUCCACUCUACCUCUACAGUCUAUUAUGCUAAUGCAAAUCAAUAUCUAGAGACCCUCUACCAGAAGUGCGGGGUAGAUGUGGAGAAGCUGAUUGAGAAGAAGAGGAAAGCCAUUAAGAAAAAACAGAAAAAGGAGCUUAAAGCAAUGAAAAAAGCGAUGAAAGAGAAUGAGGCCGACAACCAGAUCACAGGACAUGACAAUAUCGCCUUUGACCGCCUUGAACUUGGAAAACUUGAAUAUGAGAUAGAAGAGCACAAGGAGGAGAAUAUGACAGAGGGGUCCCUCACUGUUGUACCAGGCAAUGCUGUAAAUGAAGAGAGUGGUGGAAGGAACACACUGCAGUCACUGGGGCUGGAGAAACCAAAUUUCCAUUCCUUAAUAUUGGAUUUUUCUUCAAUGAAUUUUGUAGAUACAGUGUGUGUCAAAGCUUUAAGGAAAAUCUUCAAGAAUUUUGCUGAAAUUGAGGUGGAUGUCUACCUGGCUGGUUGCAAUGCAACAGUAAUGACAGGACUGGAGGUUGGGAACUUGUUUAAUGAAAAUAUCACCAAGUCUCAGGUUUUUCCAUCCAUCCAUGAUGCUAUUACCUAUCUGACCAUGGACCAUGAGCAGAUCUCCAUUCAUGAAGCCAAUGGAGCUCCGGAUACAAGGUUAUAAUCCAUACAACUAGUUAAUGAAGCAACCAACAACUGGAAGUCUUCUGCAACAUCUAUGACCUGUGUUUCGCACUGUUCCUAUACUUUUGAUAAUAUUGGUGCAUUAAUACAGGUGAAACUCGAAAAAUAUGAAUAUCGUUCAAAAGUCCAUUAUAUUUCAUUAAUGCAACUUAAAAGGAAAGGAAGCAUGAAGUGCUCCAAAAUCUCCGGAUGCGUUGACCCUGGACUUAACCCGUACAGGACCUAGGGCGUAUGGAUACGCCUUCUGUACCUGGGACUUAAGGACCCAGGGCGUACCUGUACGCCCGUGGGAAUUUCGGUCCCCGCCGCGUGCCGGGCGGG